CAAAAACAAAAUAUAUAACCAACGGAAAAACACUAACAAAACACUAUACCCUAUAGAUAAAAGUUUGUAAUGUCAAUUAAAAGUCUGUGAGUCCGCAGUGCACACGCAAAAUUAAGACUUUCAGUUAUUCUCAGAACACGGAGCUCGCUCGAACUGAUGUCAGCCCGACGUACAGUCACAUAAUACAUACAUACGACACCUUCUUAUGUAUGUAAAUACGUACAACCAAAUAAAACCGAAUUUCAACCCGUAACCGAUUCUUCCAAAAUAGCAGCUGUACACACACAAAACGCACACAUACAAACAACACGUAUACCAAAUUACCAUCUACAUCUGCAGUAUAAAACAGUAAGAAAAUACGUAACAUCCACCGAUAGUGCACAAUAGUAAUGGAUUUAUCAGCUUCAUCCUCGAAUAAUUCGUUGUUGCAAACCCCUGAUCCGAAGAACAAAUCAUCCUUUAUUGGCGACGGUACAUUAUAUGACAGUGCAUUGGAUCAUCAACUAUCCACAACGGCAUUUAAAUCGUGUAACGAAAGCCUCAUCGCUGAUAUGAAUCAGAGCUCAGAACAUUCAAAAUUCGCACAAAAAAUGUCAGAUGCCGAGGAUUAUUCGAAUGGCAAUGGCAGCGAAACUGAUGCAUCUCUUAAUUCCUAUGCUCCUCUGGCACAAACAAAUAAUACAGCAGCGAUUAACGCCAGCAUGUUGUUGAUACAAUCGGAGAGCACUGAUACGAAUACCUCGCAGGAGGAAGUGGACCCAAAGUCUCAGCUGGCCAACAAGACAAUAUUUAAGACCGAUAAUCCCAAUUUGUCAAUUAUAGAAAUUAACGAAAACUCUAUUAAAGUGGAAGACCUGGAGAAAAAGGUUGUACUGAUCGAAAGUCUCUCAAGUGAAGAUAACGACGAGGCAGUCGAAAAAGUGAAGAAUAUACUCAGAAAAUCACCCAAUAAAGCUGUGGAUAAUACUGUCGAUAAACGUCGACGCAAGGCAGAAUCUCUUCUGCAAACUAGCAAGCAAAAACUGGAUAUAUCUAUAGCCGAAGCAUCCGCAGCAGCCGAUGGUGGCAACGAGACAAAUUUGCAGCUAGCGGAGACCGCACCAGUUAGCGAUCACCCACAAACCAAACGCGAGAUUGUCAUCUAUGAUACUCUGGAGGAAUUUGAUCAAAAUUUGCCAUCGACUGUUACACUAUUGAAUACCCCGUUUGGCAGCAAGGUCUACCUUGUGGGCACGGCACACUUCAGUGAGGAAUCACAAGAUGAUGUGUCUUUUGUCAUUCGAAAUGUCCGUCCAGAUGUGGUCAUGGUUGAGCUAUGUCCAUCGCGUGUACACAUAUUGAAACUUGAUGAGAAAACACUGCUGGAGGAGGCAAAGAACAUCAACAUACCCAAGAUACGCGGCAUAAUUCAGACUCAUGGCUAUAUCAAUGGCAUCUUCUUCAUUUUGCUAUUACAAAUGAGUGCUCAGAUUGCCAAGGACCUGGGCAUGGCACCUGGUGGUGAAUUUCGACGCGCCUUCGAGGAAAUACACAAGUUGCCGGGCUGUAUUCUGCAUCUCGGUGAUCGUCCAAUACGCAUCACACUAUAUCGUGCUCUGCGCGCUUUAUCCUUGUGGCAGACCAUGAAGUUGGUCUGGCGUUUGACAUUCACGGAUAGCAUUAGCAUCGAGGAGGUGGAGGAAUGCAAGCAGCGUGACUUGUUGGAGAAACUUAUGCAAGAAAUGGCCGGCGAAUUUCCUGCGUUCUCCGAUGUGUUUGUGCGUGAACGUGAUCUAUAUUUGUGUCAUUCUCUGCAACUGGCAGCUCUGCCGCAAGCUGCACCUGGCGCCCAUCAGGUCCGUCCCGUACGUGUUGUUGGCGUUGUAGGCAUUGGUCAUGCCAACGGCAUUGCAAAAAUGUGGGGCGAAGUAGAUCCCGAAAAGAUUCCAGCCAUACUCGAAAUACCACAAGCGAGCCUUGGCCAACGGGUCUGCAAGAACACCUUCAAGUACGGUCUCAUUGGUCUCGGUCUUUUUGGCGUCUUUCGUAUUAUGAGGCCACGGCUGACGCGAUUCUUUUAAGUUGAUCGUGGACCAUGUUUUCAAUGUUGUUGAUUUUAUUCUCGUUUUUAAGUAAAACGCCCACACAAUUCGGUGGGUAUUGACAUAUUAUAAGUAUUGUACGAACUUGAUGCUUUUGAUAAAACCUGUUUACACACAACACACAAGUGUACAAAAAAACAAGAUACAAAACAAAAACAAAAGAAAGAAGAAAAGACAUUUCAACAUAUUCCUGGUUUUAAAAAACC